AUGGAGUCGCGUGUCGUGGACCUGGACUUGGCCUGUCUGAUCUGCCUGAACGAGGAGCCCGGCCACAGCUCCAUUUAUAGCCAUGAUUUGGAGCCUCCGCACACCCUGAUUGCGGACAAAAUUCGGUGUUGCACCAGCCUGAAACUGGAGAGUUUACAAAUGCAGCGAUGGCCGGACAAAAUCUGUGAACAGUGCCACAGUGAACUGGGUGUCGCCUACCGCUUCUAUGAGAAAUGUGUUGUGAUCGAGAAGCUAUUCCUGACUGCGACAAACAGCUCGCACUCCGUCGAUGCCGACGAGUUGGCCAGAAACCAGCAGCUGAAGCUGUAUCUGGAACAGCACCACGUCAAGCUGCCCCCCAGUUUAAAAAUCAAACGCGUCGACGUAGAUGCUGACACUCCUGUGGCGAGUCGUGCGAUGGGUCCAGCAACAAGAGGAAGUGCAGGUGCAAGCGCCAGUUCCAGUGCGACAUCCACAACAGCGUAUGGCCCAACAGCGAAUAUGCCCGUGAUCAAGGUGGAGUAUUGUCAGGAGAGCGAGGAGAACACAGACUCCCUGCCCCAGAUACCAGAGGCAUCCAGAUCAGUAGUCAUGUCCCUGGACACCCUUAUCGAGACGGUUCCCAUGAAGGAGCAGCCGGUGGAUACUUCAGAUCAGGAGGGUGGAAAAAUGAUCAUUCAAAGUCCUUGGCACUACGACCCUGCCCCAGAACAUUUCUAUCAAAUUAGAAUGGAGGAGACAGUGGUGGAACAGCCACCACAAAGCCAGAAGGCGCACAGCCAACAGGAGCGUACGCCAAAGGUCUGCACCCACAGGUUCUAUCAGCUCGCCCUCAACCCGCACAUGAAGCCCAACAAGAACGGAAAGGCCGACCUGCGGGCACUCAGACAAAGCACCAUCGGAUUCCAUAACUGA